AGACUCAAGUUUUGCUUGUCAUUCUAUAUUGUUAAAUUGUGCUUAUCAUCAACCAAUUCAUAAAAGUAAUACAUCGAACAUACUAUUAAAUUCAAAAUGAUGAGUUUAAAUGAAAAUUUCCCUGAAUAUGCUUUGCCUGGAGCAAAAAAGGUGCACUUCGAGCCAUAUGCAGACAACGGUGGAAGCAUCGUUGCUAUUGCCGGUGAGGAUUAUGCAGUUAUUGGAGCUGAUACACGACUUAGUACCGGAUUUUCUAUCUAUACCAGAGAACAAAAGAAGCUUUUCAAACUCUCUGAUAAAACCGUACUCGGUGCAACGGGUUGUUGGUGUGAUACUCUGACCCUUACGAGGCUCCUUCAAGCGCGCAUGCAGAUGUACGAGCACGAACACAACAAAGCAAUGACAACACCUGCGGUCGCACAGAUGCUGUCAACGAUGUUGUAUUAUAAACGUUUCUUCCCAUAUUAUGUCUCAAAUGUGUUGGCUGGUAUUGAUGGUGAAGGAAAGGGCUGUGUGUACAGCUAUGAUCCCAUCGGGCACUGUGAGCGAUCUAACUACCGAGCGGGAGGCUCUGCGGGGGCACAGCUACAACCCCUCUUGGACAACCAAAUUGGGCUAAAGAAUAUGCAAAAUGUUACUGAAGUUCCAUUGCCCCGAGAGAAGGCUUUGGCUCUUCUGAAGGAUGUCUUUAUAAGUGCAGCUGAGAGAGACAUCUAUACGGGUGAUAGCAUCUACAUUCUUAUUAUUACUGCAAAUGGCAUCCAGGAAGAGAAAUUUGAGCUCCGUAAAGAUUAAUUUGUAAAAUUGUAAUAAAUUGUAUUUCUAAA